CUCCCUCACCCGCCAUUUUUAAUACCGCGCGCGUCUCUCGCUGCGCCGUGCCGUGCCAUGCUGUCUCCGCUGUCCGCUCUCAGUAGUGCUGCGGCUGCCGCUCACGCAGUCGUCGCCGGGGACGGAGAGAUGCGGGUUGCUGAUGGCGGCGGCGGUGGCGGUGCUGGUGAGACUGGGGCGGGGCUCCGCGGCGGCGUCGGCGGCGGGGCCGUGGUGGAGGACGGGCACGGGGAGGCAAGCGGCGGGUGCUCGGCGAGUCGCGGGAGCAGCGCGCGCGGAUCGUCUGGCGGCGACUCGCCUUUAACCAGGUUCGUGCGCCGGGGUGGUCGACUGGGGACGAUGGAUCCGGAGCGGGACGAGAUGCUGACUUCCUCGUCCUCCUACGGUUCCACGGAGCCACAAGAGGAGGAGGAGGAGGGCGCCGGGGCAUUAGAAGCGGCCAAGGACAACAAGCGGGUACAUGGUGCACGACCCCAGGGGCAGACCAAGAAUGCAGCCCCCUGUUUCACUCGAGAACGCCAGGACCAGCGGCAUCAUCGGUUGGGAGCUGUUCUUUUCCAAGGCAGGAAGGGCAGGGCGCAGCGGCCGGCCUCGCUUGAUUUCGGCUGCCCUGGUGUUGCCAGAUCCUCGACGCAUUCUCCGGGGUUCCCGGCCGCCGGUGUCGCGGUGGUGAACAAGGGGAUGGGCGUAUCGUAUCCGUCACACAGUAGGCCGGACGUGCUGUCUAGUCCGGGGACGCCGAGCUGCAAUCGGCGUGGGAUGGCAGGCGUUGGCUACCAGCAGGGUCCUCGUUCAGAAAGAGUGAUCCCGCCUUGGACCGGCCAUACAAGCCAUUCUGGGAGCGGCAUGGUGUUACCUUACAGCACUGGGACUGGGAGGACGCUGCCAUCGAAAUGGGAGGAUGCAGAGAGGUGGAUCUUCAGCCCCAACCCCAACCCCAACAAUGCACUCGGGAGGUCGGUCCCGCAACUCUGGCGGCCAAAAUCCAAAAGUGGGCCUCUUGGACCUCCCGGUAGAUUUUGUGGGGCGUACUCUUGUGUUUCGUCGUCGGCUCAGUUUCUUGACAACGGUAGAGUUGGAAAUCUCACUGUGAAUGCACAUUACAUGGCUGGGAUGUUGCUACCUGAGCAUAUUUGCGGGGGUGUUAUGGACUGGGAAAGGGAUGCAAGUGGAGCAUCGGGUGAGGAUAGUAGCAAUGGCCAGGGAGGCUGCAGGCCUGGUCAAAUGAAUGUUCGGCAUCCUGCUAUGCAGCCCACCAGGGUUUCUCAGCAACAUGGUAGUGCAAUGGAGUCAUAUCAGUCAUUGCAUGCUUCUCUUCAAUCUAUACAAGAUGGUGGAAUUGAAAGCAUAAAAGACUCUGCCACUAGCAGUGCCCCCAUUAUUCUGAGGAAGGAUGUGGCAACACAAACAAGCCCUGCUAUUAGCAGGUCAUCCUCUCCCAGCACGAGGACUUCGUUCUCCCGUUCACUAUCGUCACAACAAGUCAAAGAGCUGGAGAGUUGUUUCUCUAAGCUCGAGGUCAGGGAUGUGCAGGUGGAUGAUCGGGUGACUCUGACUAGGUGGUCCAAGAAACAUGUCACCCGAGGCUCUGAAAAGAAUGCUACAAAUAUUAUUGAGUGCAAGAAAAAAACCGUGGAUUCUAAAUCUUCUGCCUGGGAAGUAACACAAACUGCAAAGUGUAUUUCAAUGAUUGAGGGAGAGGAAGCAAAAAUGACUGCAUGGGAGAAUAUGCAGAAAGCUGAAGCAGAAGCAGCCAUACAAAAGCUUGUGAUAAAACUUGAAAAGAAAAGGCCAUACUCGCUGGAGAGGAUUUUCAACACCCUCAGGUCUGGCUCUCGGAAGACACAGGUGGUACGCAGUACAUCAACCGCAAAUCAGGAUCAGCAUAUUUCCAGAACUAUCAAAACGGCGCCAAACCUCAGCAAGAACGGUCAAAUGAGUUCAUUGAGUGGAUGCUUUACAUGUCAUGCUUUCUAGAGAUGUAGCUCCAUGGAAAACACAGGUGGUCCAUGCACACUUAACAGUAGUUUCCUUGUUUUCAGGCACUAUUGUUAGUUUAAAGUGUAGAGGAAAAAAAUAGAUCCUUGUCAGUAACCAACUAGGGACUGAAUCCCCCCUCCCCCUUUUCCAAUGGUCAAUCUAUAGCAUCGAUCAUAAUCUGGAUUGUCCUUAAGUUUUUAUUGUGCUAGGGGAACAUAAGAAAGUAUGUAGAGCAAAAUGAGAGGAGCUGUUGUUACCCUCAAUUCUUUGUGAUUAUUGGUAUUCCACCAUAUAAUAAUAAAAGAGGUUCCUCUUCUACUA